AUGGCAUCAUUGGCCAGUAUUUUCAUGAGGACGACAACUGUUAAUUCAAAUAGUCAUGUCAAUGUGAUCGAUAAUUUUUUGGUCGGUGAACUAACAAAGUUUCCUCAAACUGAAAAACUUUGGUUCCAACAAGAUGGCGCGACAUCUCACAGGGCCCGAGUAUCAAUAAAUGCCAUUCAACAAAUUUUUGGAAAUAAUGCGAUUUCCAAAAAUGACGAUAUUCAUUGGCCACCUCGAUCACCUGAUUUAUCGGUAUGUGGCUUCUUUUUGUGGGGAUACUUAAAAAGUAAAGUCUAUGCACAGAAACCUCAAAAUGUUAAUGAAUUUAAAACCAAAAUUUAA